UAGAGCUGCUUUCAGUAUGAUUACUCAACAAGCUGCUAAAGAAAUUGGAUUAGAAAUAGAUAUCCCUUCUAAUAGUUUGAUUUUAUCUGCACUUAGAAAACAAGUUAGACCUCUAGAUAUUAUUAAAGAUAUUUCUGUAGAAAUUGCAAGAAUUACUAUUUCUAUUUCUAUAGAAAUU